AUGAUGGCUGCAGCAUUAGCAAAUGCCCAACAACAACAACAAAAAACACCCCAAAUUGUUAAUCGGUUGCCGUCAAAUAAUGAGCAUUUAUUUAGCAAUAAAGACAAGGAAGGGGUUAAUUUGAUAAAUAUUCUCAAUAUGCUCAAUAGAAAGCCUGUUAAUAACGAUAAUUGGCAUUUAAAGUCUAAUAAUCAUUGUGAAGACAAAAACGAGGAAUAUAAGCAAGAAUUAAAUAGUUCCUUUUGUCAACAAAAAUCCCUAAACAACAAAAUAUUAGAAAAUAAUAAUAUUAAACAAGAAACAAGUGAAGAUAAUAAUGUAGCAACAACUAAUAUUGACAAUAAACAUAACCUUCAUUCCGUCGAACAUUUGUUGGGAACAACAAAUAAUGUUGAAGAAACAAACAAAACUAAAGAAAAAUUAAAUGAACAAGUUGCAUGUUUUAGUAGUGAACAACUUGUUUCGAUAAACAUGGAAAGGUUGUUGCUUUCGUUAGGAACAAGUUUUUCACGAUCAGAAUUAAUUCGACUACUGAACAACCCAUUUGGUGGAGAAUGUUUUUCUGAAUGGACGUUGGAAAGAAUUAAUAAGGUUUUAGACAAACAAUUAAACUUGGUUAGAGACAAAACACGUGAACACCUCCAAAAUAUAUCCUCAACUAACGGAUUUGCAUUGAUAGCAGAAUUUUGUUGUGUUCGUUGUUGGAGUAUUCAUUUAAAUGAUGAGGGACAAUGUCAAACAAAUUUUAAUUCGUGUUGUGAUGGUGUUACUAAUGAUUGUGUUGUUAAUGACAAUUUUUGUUGCACUCUCUUCGCUUCAUUCCACAAAGAUGGCAUUUACAAUUUAUUAUUAUUGGGAAUUCAAAAAAUUAAUGAAACAACAAUAAAUUCAGUCAACAAUUUUAUAGAGAAUGUGUUUGCUUGUUUUAAUAUGCUGCCUUCAACAUUUUCUACCCCAACAAAUUUGUUUAUUCGCCCAAAACAAAUAGCUAUUCAUCUUCAACAACAACAACAAAAACAAUGUUCGUCAAGUUUUAAUUUUAUAAUUAACAACAAUGCUGAAUUUUCUUGUAAUAUACCAACAAUUUCUGAAAUUGUUUACGGAAGUGGAAGCAAAAUUAAAAUUUCAAAUAAAAACGAGGAAGAAGAAAAAUGGAUGGAAAGAAGUGCUAUUCUUCUUUAUAACUCUCAAGAAAAAUUUAAUAUUGACUGA